AUGUCCGUCGUGUGCCAGAGCUCGCUUUGUCCUAACGGCAACCCGAUAUCUCGUCUCGAAUGUCCAACCUGCAACAAACUUGGUAUUCAAGGAUCUUUCUUUUGCACUCAAGCAUGCUUUAAAGCUGGAUGGGUGUGUGUCAGUUUAACUGUAAAUACAGGUUGUGAUGACCAGGAACCUUGCAGAAAACUCAUAAACUCGUUCAUGAUCUCGUUAAAACGAGUGGUACUGCCUAUCCCGAAGUGGUGCGGCAUAGAUGGCACCUAUAAUCCAUUCCCAAAUUUUGAGUACACGGGACCUCUAAGGCCGGUAUAUCCUCUAUCGCCCAAACGAACUCUGCCUGAGCAUAUAGGGCGCCCUGAUUAUGCUGAAGAUGGUCAGCCGAAGUCUGAACUCAAGAAAGCAGGGCAACCACCGCGCAUCCUGAGCCCAGAGGAGCAAGACAAGAUGAGGACAGUAUGUCGGCUUGGGCGUGAAGUCCUAGACCUGGCGGCGUCCCAUAUACGCCCCGGAGUUACGACCGACGAGAUAGAUGAAGUCGUGCAUAACGCAUGCAUCGAACGAAACUCAUAUCCGUCUCCGUUAAACUAUCGCGGAUUCCCCAAAUCUGUUUGCACGUCUGUCAACGAGUGCAUUUGUCACGGAAUCCCUGACCAAAGAAAGCUUCGAGAGGGCGAUAUAAUAAACAUAGACAUCAGCCUUUACCAUGACGGCUUCCAUGCCGAUCUCAAUGAGACCUAUGCCGUCGGAGAGAUCGACGAAGAGUCGAAGAAACUCAUCCGUGUGACGCGAGAAUGUUUAGACGACGCAAUCGCGCUGUGCAGACCAGGCACUCUAUUCCGCGACAUAGGCAAGGCAAUUGAACCCAAAGCUCGGGCGAACGGUUGUGCCACCGUCCGUAAUUAUACUGGACACGGGAUCAACGACUUGUUCCACGGCUCACCGUCUAACAUUCCGCAUUACGCCAAGAACAAAGCUGUUGGGACUAUGAAGCCAGGAAUGAUGAUCAACCUGGGCUCGAACUGGGAUACUGUGCACUGGCCGGACAAUUGGACUGCCACUACCGUUGACGGACGGCGAAGCGCUCAAUUCGAAGAGACAUUGCUGAUUACGGAAACAGGCGUCGAGAUUUUAACUGCGGGAAAGAAAAGAGACCUUUAA